AUGGGUGUCGCUGCACCGCAACUGAUUUAUUGGUGGCGGUACCGAUCUCUUCCUUUUCCGCACUGGCUCGGGCCUCCACAGGUUGUACGAGGCACGCUGAAAUCUAAUGCGCCAAUUGCCAUUCUCCGAACCGGUUUUUUCGGUCGCGGUAACCCAAUCGGUGGAGUUGGUCACGCGAUUCGUGCUUCCCGCGUCCGAUUUGGGCUUACUCGCGAUCUCUCGAAGACGUCCUCGUCGUUACAAACCGCUGUCUUUCCACCACUGAAGAGUGAGGGCGGGCUUACCACGAAAAGCAUCAUCCAUGUAGGGGAAUCUGGGAAGCUCAUCAACAGGAUAUCCAAUGUCCUUGAGCCACUGCAAGACCUGGACCUGGCCAUUGAAGGAAGCAGUAUAGUACGGGUUCUUCCUCGGAUGGAAUCUGGGCAAGCUAGAAGCCCAAACCUGGAGGACGUCCACAUGACCCCUUUCAACGCCGGCGUCUUGGAGCCGGGAGAGGGAGGAAGGCGAGGGAACCCCACCUACUUUCCGCCAACGGGCAUCCCACCAGCGGAGCAAGUCAGUGCGGGCGAGUCUGGCAGCUUCAUGCCACGUGCAUUGCGGCAGUUCUGGGAUGGUGAUGUCGCGCACAAGGAUCCUCCUGAGGGUGACAGCGAAACGAAAGCGAGUCAAUGGGUUCUGGACAUAGAGAAGGAUAUUGUCGAUGACCUCUCCGGGCAAGCGAGGUAG